AUGGAUGAUUAUAAGAUUGUGCUUGAAACUACACCUGCUGUAGAUCAACGCGUUUUCAAUAAGCCUGCUGUGUCACAAGUAGGAGCUGUUUGGAGUGAGAGUUCAGAUUUUGAACAUCUUAACUCUAAACAUAUACAGAUUUACAGAAAAAAUGGUCAAACACAGAUUGUUAAGCAUUAUUUUGCUUGUCAUGAUUCGUUGCAAUAUCCUCUUAUCUUUGCAAAUGGAGAACUAGGUUGGCAUCCAGGGAUUGAGAGAAUGCGUCGUCCAGAUAGAGGCAAUAAUAGACCAGUUAUCUGCGAGGGAGAAACUAUUAUAGCUACAACUACAGCAACGGCACCAAAUGAUAUUAUUGAUGCAGAAAAUAGAGCUAUUAACAAAAAAAAAAGAAAGCGCAACACGGUUUCAUGUCGUGAAUACUAUUGUUACAAGCUACAAAUCCGCGAUAUCGAUCAGUCAAUGUUACUACAUAUAGGCAGAUUGCUACAACAAUACGUCGUCGAUAUGUAUGUUAAGAUUGAGUCAAUUAGAUUAGAUUUCCAUAGAGGGAGGAAUAAACAGGCUCAGCUUCGAACCGAGAUUUAUCAAGGCAUAGUUGAUAGUAUUUCGAGUGGUGAAUCAUCAUCAUCAAGUAUUGGUAAACGUAUUUUCCUUCCAACUUCAUUCAUUAGUGGCCCUCGAGAUAUGUGGCGACGAUAUAUGGAUGCUAUGUCUUUGGUUCAGCGAUAUGGGAAACCGAACAUCUUUUUGACAGUAACUUGUAACAAGAAUUGGCCUGAGAUUCAAAAAUUGCUUCUGCCAACUGAUAAGGUUGAGAACAGGCCAGAUCUAAUAUCUCGAGUCUUCUAUGCAAAACUUAAACAAUUGAAAGAUGAACUUCUAAAGAAGAAUAUAUUUGGAAAAAUAGCAACUUACACAUAUGUGAUUGAAUUCCAGAAAAGAGGUCUGCCCCACGCUCAUUUCUUAAUAAUUCUGAAACAAGGAUGGAAGAUGUACUCUCCCGAAUCAUAUGAUCGCAUAGUAUGUGCUGAGUUGCCAGAUGCUAACCAGCAUCCUUAUCUUCAUGAGCUCGUUGUUAAGCAUAUGAUGCAUGGUCCUUGUGGUACUAUGAAUCCAAACUGCCCAUGCAUGAAACAACACAUUGGAUGCAAGGAUAAUUAUCCUAAGGAGUUUACAGAAGUCACGCGGCACAGCCACAACUCCUACCCUCUCUAUCGAUGGCGAGAUUUUCAGCAAUCAAUAAUUGUUCGUGGCCAUCCUCUUGAUAAUCGAUGGAUUGAGGUAUUGCCAAGUUUGUUACACAAAUGA